AGCUGUUUACGGUUUAUUUUCUCCUUCCUGCUGUCAGAGGCUUCAUCUUUGUAAUUAAACCACUAUUGAAUCGAGUUUUAUUCCCACGUUGUUGUUCAUUCAUGCAGGGGGCGAGACUGAGCUGCGAUUCACCAAAAGUCUCUCCUCUCUCGCCGUAGUCACAUGUUCAGAUCCGGAAGUGAGGAGAACACGCUCCUGUCUGUGCAUCCCUGAGCGUUGCUCUAAGAAGGUCUGGCUCAGUGUGGAUCAGUUUGGACCGGGUUUAGGUCUGGUCUUUGUUCUGGGUUCACUGUAGUUGCUUUGCUGUGUGGCGUCAUGUCGGUGGCCGGCUGGGUACCUGGACAGUUUGAUGACGCAGAGGAGGAAAGCCAAUCAGAGUUGUUGGCUAUGCAGAGUCAGAUGAGCAAUGUGACGGUGCAGCCUUCAUCAGAGCCACAGGAGGAGGAGGAGGAUGAUAAUGACGAUGAUGGCGAAGAGGAGGAGGAUGAAGAGUUGGAGGAUGAAGAGUGGGCAUGGCGUUCAGCAGGCGGAGAUCUGACUAAAAGAUACAACAGGACGAGUCUCAACUGUCAGUCCAACAGACAGAAUCCGUCCAAUAAGACUCUGCCAUCGACUCCGUCUGAUAAAGCUCUGAGGAAAUAUGAACACAAGAUCAACCUGGAUAAACUCAACUACGCCGACUCAGUGAUCAAUAAAGUGACGACGAUGCAGAAACAGAAAGAAGCCGCCACGUACAGAGUGAAGGACAAAUCAGAUCGAGCCACAGUUGAACAGGUUUUAGAUCCUCGAACUCGAAUGAUUCUCUUUAAGAUGCUGAGCCGAGGCGUCAUCUGUGAAAUCAACGGCUGCAUCAGUACAGGCAAGGAGGCAAAUGUUUAUCAUGCCAGCACCUCCACAGCAGAGAGCAGAGCCAUCAAGAUCUACAAGACCUCCAUCCUGCUGUUCAAAGACCGAGAUAAAUAUGUCAGCGGAGAGUUCAGGUUCCGUCAUGGUUACUGUAAAGGAAACCCCAGGAAGAUGGUGAGAACCUGGGCAGAGAAGGAGAUGAGGAAUCUCAUCAGGCUGCAGAUAGCAGGAAUCCCAAGUCCAGAACCUCUUCUGCUCAGGAGUCACGUUCUGGUGAUGAGCUUCAUCGGAAAGGAUAACAUGCCAGCCCCUCUGCUGAAGAACGCAUCAUUUUCAGAGUCGAAGGCUCGUGAGCUUUACCUGCAGGUCGUGCAGAACAUGAGAAAGAUGUUCCAGGAGGCUCGACUUGUCCACGCUGACCUCAGCGAGUUCAACAUGCUAUAUCAUAACGGAGACGCUUACAUCAUCGACGUGUCACAGUCGGUGGAGCACGAUCAUCCUCAUUCUCUGGAGUUCCUCAGGAAGGACUGCAGCAACGUCAACGAGUUCUUUGUGAAACACGGUGUGGCCGUGAUGACGGUCAGAGAGUUGUUUGACUUCAUCACAGACCCAUCGAUCACCUGCCACAACAUGGACCAGUACCUGGAGAAGGCGAUGGCGAUUGCAGCUGAGCGGACGUUGGAGCAGCGAUCAGAUCAGGACCGAGUGGACGAGGAGGUGUUUAAGAAGGCCUACAUCCCUCGCACUCUGACGGAGGUGAGCCACUACGAGCGGGAUGUGGACCUGAUGAAGUCCAAGGAGGAGGAGUCGGCCAUCAGUGGACACAACGACAACGUUCUGUAUCAGACGCUGACCGGACUGAAGAAGGAUUUGUCUGGAGUUCAAACGGUUCCUGCUCUCCUGGAGGAUGACCACUCUUCAUCCUCAGAGGAGGAAGAGGAGGAGGACAGCGAUGAUGGUGAAGAUGAGCAGAAGCAGAGCGAGGAAGCCUCCAUCGACAAAAAGGAGAAGAAGAAGAUGGUGAAAGAAGCUCAGAGAGAAAAAAGAAAAAAGAAAGUACCGAAACAUGUGAAGAAGAGGAAAGAGAAAGUGUCCAAGAUGAAGAAAGGAAGAUGAUGACUUCCUGUUGGCCCGUGUGGACUUCCUGUGUGUCAUGACUUUAUGUUGCCUCUUAAACAUUAAAACCAGACUGAACACAGAGGCGCCGCCUCUCGUUCUGAUGCACCUGAAGUCAUCACCACAUUCAGUGUGACUUCAAUUAAUGAGGUUACCUGUUCACAGGUGUGCAGCUGUUCUUCAGCAACACAACAAAAAAGAUCAUUAUCUUCCAGCGAGAUGACAGAAAACUUAUGAAACUGAUCACAGUGAAACUUUUAAUAAAACAUUUAGUCAGCCAUGAUCCAAUGAUCAUCGUGUCUUCUUUUCCUUUAGUCUUUUACUAUUAAUGUCCUCUAGUUAGCCAGUCAACAAACUAAUGUUAGCAAGUCAACAACCUAAUGUUAGCUAGUCAACAACCUAAUGUUAGCUAGUCAACAACCUAAUAUUAGCUAAAGUAACAUUAGCUACCCUUCUGAAAAAACCUGCUUAAUAAGUUAAUGAAGUAGAUGUAGAUGGCCGAGUUAAGCUGGAUCAGGCUGGUGUAACUGGUAGACAAACUUCGGGAAACUAUUGUGCU